AUGCGCCCGAUGCCCAUCAUCAGGAGCCGCACCGGCUGCUUCACCUGCCGCCGCCGUAAGAAGAAAUGCAACGAGGAGAAGCCCAUAUGCAGCGGCUGCAAGCGCAACAAGCUCGAAUGUCACUGGCCUACCGAGUCCUCCAAUUCGUCCAACUCUCAGAAGCGGGACGGUGCGGCCACCGGCUCUGGCGUCAACGCGCCCCAGUCGUCCUUUGCCACCGCGACGAGCUCUAAGCCGCAGCAACAGCAACAGCAACAUCAGCGCCAGGAUGCCCAGCAACGCCUACAGCAGGAUGCGCAGCAGCGUCUGCAGCAGGAGCCCCGGCACCGGCAGCAUCACAUCGGCCUGGGUCCGGGGUCUGAGCCCGACACGGAGCCGACCAUAGUCGUUUCCGGGCCGCCCCUAGUCACUCCAUCGCAUCUCCACAUGCCCGGAGACGACUCCUCCACUCCCGGCCCGGGUUCCGACGACACGGACAUGGCCGAGGCCGACGACGAGUCCGGCCAACCGUCUCCAUCACCGGCGUCCACUCACUCGUCGGCCGCCUCCUCCGACUCCAUGUCGGUAGCCCCCCCUCCCGUCGAAUACGACCAGGAGCUGGUCGAUGCCUUGGCCCUCACCAUCGCCUCUGGAUCCAACACCGACCCCGAACCCUUCUUGAGCGUUGGUAUCCCCAUGCCCAUUCCCAUGCUAUCGCAGCAGCAUGGCCAUGACUCCUACGAGCUGCUCAGCUAUUAUCUUGAGCGCACUGCGAAUAGCAUGGGAAAUGGCUCAACCGACGUCAACCCCUUCAUCGCCAAGCUGAUCCCCCUUGGCUUCUCCGACCCGCUCGUGUUGCAACUCAUCCUCGCCCAGAGUGCAGCACAUCGCCAAGCAUCGGCAGAGCGCGAGCCCACUGAUCAGAUUGCCCAGCGGUACUACACAGACUCGCUGCGCAUGUUUAGGAACGUCGUGAGCGAAUAUGUUUCAGGAAAGGAGGAAAACACCCUCGUCCUGACCGUGGGAAGUCUCAUCUUGUGCCUCACCGAGGUUGCUCGAGGUGAUAUCCAUGGCACUGUCUUUGAUCAUCUCUCCGCGUCCAAGUCUCUACUGUCCAUGCUGCUUACGCGGCCCAAGUCAGAAGUGUUCGACGACCUCCCCGACUUCCUCGUCGAGUACUAUAUGCACAUAGCGGCCUGCAGUAUGAUUUCCAUCGACGCCCACUACAGCUCCCAAUCCCUCCUCAGCCCCGACAUCGAGAAUGUGGCGAGAGGUCUUGUAGAAAGAAAGUACGUUGGCCAACUCUGUGGGUGCUGGCUUGAGCUACUCGUCCUCAUCCCCCAAAUCUUUCACCUCGGCCAGUGCAUGAUGGCAACUGUCGAUGGACAACCAGCCUCUCCAUCCCCAGACAACAUCGUCACAUUCGGCUUUCUGCAAUCACAAACUCUAGCAUACUUCCCCGACAUUGCUGUCACCCCGCAUGCCCGACUCGCUGGUCUGGUUUUCAAGCAGGCAGUUCUUUUAUAUCUGUGGACCAUCCUGGGCACAUCCUAUCAGCAAACCGAAAGUAGUACCCACAAGGCUCUUAUGGAUUCUGCUGUUGCCGAUGCAGUUGUCUUGCUCGGCCAACUACCUGCUACCGUCAGAGUCAACACUAGUCUUUGUUGGCCCCUGGCUGUUAUCGGCUGCUGCACGACCGACCCAAACAUACAACAAAUUUUGAGACUUCGACUUCAGACAAUGGUGGAUACGAUUGGUCUUGGGAAUAUGAGAGAAACCCUUGUCCUUCUGGAGCAUGUGUGGAGACAGCCUCUCGCCGAUAUCAGCCCAUGGACGCUAUGUCAUGCAAUGAGAGAUCACCAGAUAUGGAUUUCCUUCGCCUGA